GAAUUCGAAUUCGGAUCUGAGGCUGGGAUCUACUGUGGCGCCAGCAGCAGCAGUGUCUGGUCCUGGUUUUGGCCCCAGUCCCCGUAUUGGACUACUACUCCCUUCAGAACCCGAACUGCCCUUGCCUUCUGCACACACAUCCAUCCAACGAUGGUCCAUGCCCCCACCCGCUCCACCCACUUCACCCACCUCUACACCACCGUUGAUUCAUUCCUCACCGCCACAGCUUCCUCCAUUCCCAACCCCUCACCGACAAGACUCCCAAUCUUCCGAACCUUUCUCCACUUCCUAUCACUCACACCAAAGUUCGACUUCGAGAUCCCACACCCCUUUCCCUGGUACCGUCUUUCGUUGUUUACGUUCUAUCUCUACCAACCCCACUGGAGGGGAUGUUUGCCGACCUCGCUGCAAUUAGACCUCAACAUUCCCGGUUCAAGACGCGCGGAGUGGCGCUGUUGUACACUAUUUCGACUCCGUCGCAACGUCAGGCAGGCGAAUCCUUUGGUUGUCGGGCAUUUGGGCCACUGGCGUCGCGAUCAGUCAACCGUUGCUCCCCAUUUCUAUUUCACCUCCGAAGGGGACGCUGACUCAGAAAUUCCAGUACCUAGCCAGUGUCGAUCUGGGAGUGCGGUGAGGUGUCGGGAUGAGAAGGUCCUAGAGGCAAGUUGUUUCGUACGCGACUGCCAGCCGCCAGGGCGUAUAGUCUGUAUGUGCGUGGCCACCGGAUCCAUCCAUUCAUAUCUGUUUCUCUUGCGAUUUGCUUGGGUUUGUGCGUGUAUGGUGGAUGGGUUAUCACCGCCCAUGUGGACGAUGAUGGACCGGGUCGAGGCGUACUGGCAUCACCGUGCCUGAACCGCCGACGCUCGAGUCCUUGAGCCUUUGUAUUCUUAUAUGCAGUAAUUUUGAUCCCCCCCGAUCGCUCUCUCGUUGCUUGCUUACCUCCUUCAUGUCUUUUGGACAAUGACUGUCUUCACUACUUGUGUGCUUUAUUGUACC